GAUCAUUACGUUGAUCUUGAAUGGAGGUCACUGCUAGUGCUAGCUGCUAAACGUCAAUAAUCUACAGACGGGUUGAUGGACAACUACUUUAAAAGACAAAGAGAUGAUAAAACAAAGAAGUUCCAAACUCCUGAAUCUUGUUCAUGAUGGAAAUUUAGAGCUGUUCAGUUUCUAACUGGAGUUCCAUUUACACCAGUCAUCUUUAAUGCAGAACUUCUACAUGUAUCUUGGAUUUUGAUAAAUGUUUUUCAGUUCAUGAAUGGUUUUUGGUAGACUUUUAGAAGUCACAAAGAACUUCAACAUAAUAGCUACCCUUUCAAGUAGGCUGAAGAGAUCAGAAAGUCUCCAGAACUGAAUCAGGAAGACACUUAGAUAAUAUCUGUUUGAAUUUCCUGUAUUUAUAUCGGGGAGUUGGACUGACACCCAAUUGAUUGGAUAGUGGGAGUGAAGUAAGCUACACUUUACCACUCUGCGGUUCUGUUGCCAAUUUGAUAGGAUAUUACUGAUCACACCUGAGACACCAAGAUGAGCAAGAGGGUGAACACAACGGCUUCCGCAAGGCUGAAACAGGACUACUUGAGACUCAAGAAAGAUCCAGUCCCUUAUGUUACAGCAGAGCCUUUGCCAUCAAAUAUCCUUGAAUGGCACUAUGUUGUACGAGGUCCGAAGGAAACACCUUAUGAGGGUGGUUUAUACCAUGGCAAGUUGGUGUUCCCAAGAGAAUUUCCUUUCAAACCUCCUAGCAUCUACAUGAUUACACCCAAUGGAAGAUUCAAAACCAACACAAGGUUAUGUUUGUCAAUAAGUGAUUUUCAUCCCGAUACCUGGAACCCAGCCUGGUCUGUAUCCACUAUCCUAACUGGUUUACUCAGCUUCAUGGUCGAGAAAAAUCCAACAUGGGGCAGCAUAGAAACAACAGAUUUUGUUAAAAAGCAAUUUGCCCAUGAUAGCGGAGCCUUCAAUUUAAAGAAUUCAACAUUUAUAGAACUCUUCCCAGAUACUGCCAAAGAGAUAAGACAGAAAAUCAAGAAAGAAGAAGAGGAUUUGAAACAGCUCUCGGAAUCCAACGCCUCCAAGUCCCCAGACCACGCCCAACUGAGGCAGAGGACGAAUAACUUCAACGCUCCCGCAGAACGACCCCCUGGAAUCGUGGGCAGCACCAUGGCCAACGUGCUUGUUAUCAUCGGCUUUGCAGCGUUUGCAUGGACAGUUAAAUAUGUACUGCGCAGCAUAGCCAACACUGAUCAAUAGGAAAGAUGGAUUUUUUUUUUUUUGCUAUGAACAUUGAAUUUGUAAGCGGUGUCAGCUAAGCUGGUGAAAUUUUGACAGAGGUAAUAAGUGAACCGGAGUGUAUAACUCUGUUCGUAACUUAUGCCUAGUUUACAUUUGCUACACUCAAUCGUAUGAUCAGUUGGUCUUCGAAAUCUAGGGGGCAUCGUUGGUGGCUAGGGGCUAUCAUUUUCAGGUACGACCAUUGUAUGUUUUCAUGUGUCGGGCAUCACAGAGGAGCCAUAUAUAAAGUCCUACAGAGGCCGUACAAAGAUCGUACAGCUAUUGUACAAUGAACACAAUGAGAUAGUGCAAUUGUACUGUGAUCAUAUGAUGACACUGUGCUUGACCCCGUCAUACAAAGGUCAGCGAUUGAUCGUAUGCUUGAUUUUCACGAUUGAUUGUACAUCUUGUUUAAUGCAAUCAAUCAUAAAGAUAUUCUUCUACGAUGAUUGCUAAGCUUUGUGUUACGGGCCCCUGAUUGUACUAUGUGUUGAAGGGCUGCAUCAUACAAUUUAUAAAAAUUUGUUUAAACUCCACGCUAAAGAAAAUCAUGGGGGCUGAGGAGAUUGGGAAUCCGUACGAUAACUGUGGGAUUGUCGCAUGCCACUCAGGGUGAUAGUGUGAUUUAGAGGGAUAUGAUGAGAUUAGGGUCACUCUACACUGACCGUGAUGCAUAAUGCUGCUUUCCAUAUACAUGUAGCAAGAUGGCAUGGACAUCAAUCUGCUGUGUGGCCGCUCUCCAAUUAAUCUCUAUUAAGUAAGCUGUUUGGAGAUAUCUUGUAUCUCACAAAUCAAUAGACACACUUAAAAAAAAGUUUACCCAGUAGUGAGUUCAAAGGCAAGAUGCAUGUUUGUUGGGCAAAACAACGCCUACAUAUGAUGUUGUAUAAGUGUUACUCAUCGUUGUGUAAAAAUUACCUAUAAAACAUGCAUGUUUUUAAAUAUUGGGCAACUUUUUACUCAAUUUUUUUUUCAGGUGCAGAGAUCAUUUUCAAGCGCUGGUCUAGUCAGUGCUUGCUUGGUUGAGGACAAAUCCCUUUUUUUUUGCUAUUGGAAUCCUGCCAAUGCACUCGUAGCUUUUAGCAGGAUAUCAACCUACAAUUGCCACUCUCAACCCAGGUGUUGAAUCAGGAAAAAUAAUUACUGAAUGUUUUGACUAAUGAGAUGAUGGCCUAUUGGAGCUCAGUUGGAUUGCAUAUUAAAACAUGCCAACUUUGUACUGAUGGGGGGGAGGUUUAGAGCCCCCCCCCCCAUUUUCAAAAUGAAUUAUUUAGUAAUAAUAAUAAAAAUAAUUUUUUUUUCUUGUAUUAAGCAUAUGUUAUUAUCUAAUGUUUCUAUGCACUUCCAAAGCAUUGGAUAGUGUAUCAGAACCAGUGUUAGAAAAGAAUAUCUAGCAAUCGAUUCUCCUAACGGCAACUUUGGCUUUUAUUCCUGGUAAGAAUAUAUUGUCAUAAUGUAUGUUUGUAACAUACAUGUACCUGAUUCAUUUCAUUUAUUCUGUUGUUGUUGACUCAAGGGUUUUGAGUAAAAACAAAGCUAGCCAUUCCAGAUAUUCUCAUCUUAGCUUUGAUAUUCUAAUGAUCACCUGCUUAUAAUGUUAUUUUUUAGAAUUUGUAUCUGAUGACAGGAUAAGUGCAUUGAACACUCAGUUAAUCCCUGUAUGGAAAUAAGCUUUUAUCAUUAAUAGUUAUUUUCUUUAGUGGUAUGUCCAUUAUUGCGCAAUUGGUUCAGCAUAAGUUUUCCCAUUCAACACUGUUUUCCAAAUCCCAAGAUAAUGAAAAGACCCU